AUGGCACCCAUCACUGCUGUGUGGAUGAAUGGAAUCAACAACAGACAUUUCCAGCCAAUUCCGACCCAUUCGCAUUCUGCAAAUGUCCAAUCAAGUGCUCCUCAAUUGGCGGCCAUAUUUAAGUCCCAAGUUGCAACUGUUCAACCUUCCACCGUCGAAUACCCGAAGAACCACUUCCUUGGUAUUCCUCAAGAACUUCGAGACGCCAUUGUGGCAUUUCUUAUCCAUUCCCAGCACGCCAUCGGGGCUCGACCUUCGACCGGAUGCGAGAUAUUUCAUUUCGUCUGUCGACAGACAUACCACGAAUCAUGCAGAUGCCGAAAUUCCCAAGCCACUGUACUAGUGCCUGCCAAUCGAGCGAAAGAGUUCCUCAUGACGACGUUGAAUAUAAACACGAUCAAGAGCAAUGUUUCCAAGCGUGUUAAAACUCUCUUCCUUGAAAUCCCGCACAACAGCCACAGUAAUGUCUUCCUCCAGAUGGCCGAAGUUUUGAGACGUUCAACUCAGCUCGAAGAGCUCCACCUAUUCGGCGUAGGAGUAGAUGGUUAUGGGGUCAAGACGAGUUCCACUACUCACCCUUGUGGUAAACAUGAUAUUUCGAUUGUACCAUGGGUCCGCCGGCUAGCUAUUGAUGGACAGCAGUACCAACGUCGCCUGGCUCUGGUCAACAGCAUUCCCUGGCUGGCGAAGCUGAGGGUCCUAGUUUUGGACAACCUCAACCUUCCUCUCCUUCAAGCACAUGUCCUCAAGAACAAACCACGGCUACAGAAGUUGUACAUUGCAGCAGAUCCCCGGACUGUCCUACAUGGCGAGUACAUCAACAUAUGCCAGGCAGUUGGCAAUCUCAUAUUCCCGGUGCACGAGCAAGCCCCUCCAGUGAGAGAACUACGUGUCGAUUCGAAUUCCAUCUUCAGCACAAGUCGGGUCACCAUAAAAAUGGCUACUACUCUGGAAAGCCUAGAACUGGUGAUUCCCGACAUGGAAUUCCAAGUGCAUACGAACAAAAUCAAUUUCUAUCAGGAGGCUACUUUCCUUCUGCAUGGACUCCAUAUUGCCAAACGAUUGCGCAAACUCAAAGUUUGUGUUCAUGGUACCCUGUCGGAGGAAAGCUAUCAUUAUGCAAACUUUAUGGGGGCUCUAAAGGACUGCGUCUCACGAAUGGAAUCACUUCAAGUUAUUGAACUUCAUCUCCAUUCUCAGUCGCCCUGGUUUGCUCGAGAAUUCAUUAUAGCAGUGCCUCGGUCUGUCACUCGACUCUUCCUCACUGAUCUGUUCAUCUCGAGAGAUGUGGUUGAUCUCUCGGCCUUCAUUGGUGAAAAAACAAAGACACCUUUGCAGGAUUCAAUUGAAACCAAGGAAGCCUACGCGAUUGGAGAGGAUCUCCAGAGAAAGGACUACAUCCAAUUCAGCGACAAUCAGCUGGCUUUCGUAGGCUACGAGUAUGAUGUAUUUCUAGGGCGGAGUGCAGCAAAGCAAACCAAAGAUAUGUUCAAAUUUUUGAAGCUCAACGGCAGAAUGCUGGACAAGGAACGAAACCGACAUUUGGCUCCCCUGAAAGGAAAACACAUACCCUUCAAGCAGAGCGGCGUCCGAGAAUACUCAAUGACGGCUAAAGCAGCCUGGAAGGCGAAAGUUACCAAGUAUAGCAAAGAGCUUGUCAAUUGUGGCUUGGAUGACAACGAGUACUUUGGGAUGGAAGAUGUGGCAGAAGCGCUCUUCGAGGACGAACCCGUGGCUAAAGGUGGCCGCUACAGCUAUCCAGCUGUCUAUGAGGUCGAACCGGAAUUCAAGUUUUCGAACCACUGGCUGAGCAAGUGA